AAAAAAAUCAAAGAAGAAGAAGAACGAACGUUCGCAGAGGCAGAUUCUUCCGUUUGAGGCAGAACAAAGCAAGCUUUCUUUAGUUUGGAUGAAGGCUGAGCUCCAACUACCCAGAAACUGUUUAAGGAACAUCAGAAGAGAAGCUAAAAAUGGAGACGGCAGCUCGGACUGUGGCUGAGAGCAUCAGAGGGAGAGAUUCCUGAAGCAGCUAAAGACGAAAACAAGGUGCGACACAUCAUGGAGGCUGGUUUCAACCCCGCGGUUCUGCUGAACGGCUUAGAUGUUAAGCAGAUGCUGAUGGUUAAAGAAGAAACUCCUGAAGACCACAGAUCUGUUGCUGAGCUGCAUGACCCAAAGCCCCAGCAGAUAAAGGAGGAGCAGGAAGAAAUCUGCAUCAGUGUGGGGGGAGAGCAUCUCAAUAAGGAGAUUGAUGCCAUCAGGUUUCCAGUCUCUACUACUCCUAUAAAGAGUGAGGAUGAAAUACAGUCCAUUCUUCUCUCACAGAAUCUUUAUAAAGACCAGAUUAAAGGCAGAGAUCUUCCAGAAGAAAACGAUGACGGAGAAUCCAUCAAGAUUAAAGAAAUCGAACCGUCUCCGCAAUCUUCUGAGACUGAAGAUUCUGAGAAUGACGAGGAGGACGACGAUGUAAACCACGUCUCUGAGUUGAAACACUUGUCAGAUUCUGGACCGAAAACUAAUGACAAGAGCAAUGCCUGGAAGUCAAACGGAGACAUUCUUAACAAAUCUUUUAGCUCGUUUGAGUUUGAUGUUCACAGUUACUCUCUUCAGACCGGCGGGACACGUUCACAAAUGGGGUCUUCAAGCUCAGUUGAUGAUAAUAAAUGUUUUACAGAGGAGAAAAAUGCAGAUUCACAAAGUAAAGUACAGACAGAAGGGAAGUUUAGCUGCGACGACUGUGGUAAAACAUUUGCUAGAAAAAAUACUUUAAACAGACAUAAGAGAACCCACACAGGACAGAAACCUUUCUGUUGUGAUGUUUGCGGACAAAGAUUUAACCUAAAACAAACUUUAAACAUACACAUGAGAAUCCACACGGGACAGAAACCUUUCUGUUGUGAUCUUUGUGGACAAAGUUUUAGCCACAAAUCAACUUUAAUCAGACACAGGAGAGUCCACACAGGAGAGAAACCUUUCUGUUGUGAUUUUUGUGGACAAAGAUUUACCGAUAAAGGGAGUUUAAACACGCACAGGAGAAUCCACACAGGACAGAAACCUUACUGUUGUGAUCUUUGUGGACAAAGAUUUCGACAGAAAUUACAUGUAAACAUACACAUGACAGUCCAUACGGGACAGAAGCCUUACUGUUGUGAUAUCUGCGGAAAAAGACUUGGCCAUAAAGUAAGCUUAAGCACACACAUGAGAAUUCACACAGGACAGAAACCUUUCUGUUGUGAUAUUUGUGGACAAAGAUUUAGUCAGAAAUCAAAUUUAAAUACACACAUGAGAAUCCACAUAGCAGAAACCUUUCUGUAGUGAUAUUUAUGGACAAGGAUUUAGUAGUAAAUCACUUGUAAACAUACACUGUGUGUGUCCGCACAGAACGGAUACCUUUCUUUUAUGCUUUUUGUG